CACGUGAUUUGCUAUCGGUCUUAAGCUUUUGCCUUUUCAUUAACAAAAAAGUACAGAGUAGAUAUUUAUUAUAACAUUUCACACAUAUUCUUAUAAAGAAGGGCAGUGAUACUAGAUCUACAAAGAAAGGGAAACUACACGAGACUGUUUUAAACUUUACAGACACGUUCUUUGCAGUACUUCAGUCACUGACAUCAUGUGUACCAUGUAAUGCCGGAAUCAGCUGACUGGAAAGGAACUGGGCGGAGCUUUGGCCUUCAGGAGUCAGCUGAUCGUGAUAGCGUUGGUGCAGAAGUGUUACCUGCUUUCAGUUACCACUAUUUUCAUUUUGAAGGAUCUACUUGUGUAGAAGUGGUCUUGCUGCUGCUGUUAUUAAUUUGUACUUACCUUUUCAUAUUUCAUCAUGGCUCUCAGUGAUGCUGAUGUCCAGAAGCAGAUCAAACACAUGAUGGCCUUCAUAGAACAAGAGGCCAAUGAAAAAGCAGAAGAAAUUGAUGCAAAGGCUGAAGAAGAAUUCAAUAUUGAGAAAGGUCGUCUUGUACAGACUCAGAGACUAAAAAUUAUGGAAUACUAUGAAAAAAAAGAAAAACAAAUUGAGCAGCAAAAGAAAAUUCAAAUGUCCAACUUGAUGAAUCAAGCAAGGUUGAAGGUUCUGAAGGCCAGGGAUGAUCUAAUUUUGGAUCUAUUGACUGAAGCCAAACAGCGACUUAGUAAAGUAGUCAAGGAUAAUGCCAGGUAUCAAGCACUAUUAGAUGGCCUUGUAUUGCAGGGCCUGUAUCAACUCCUUGAACCCAAAGUAGUCAUUCGUUGCAGGAAGCAAGAUUUUCCCAUGGUGAAGGCUGGAGUGAAAAAAAGUAUUCCCAUGUAUAAGAGCAUUGCCAAUGUGGAUGUUGAUGUGCAGAUUGACCAAGAGAACUUCCUGCCAGAUGAAAUCUCAGGAGGCAUUGAACUGUACAAUUCUGACUUCAAAAUCAAGGUUUCUAACACUUUGGAAAGUAGACUUGAUCUGUUGGCACAGCAGAUGAUGCCUGAAAUUCGGAGUGCUUUGUUUGGAGCAAACACAAACAGAAGGUUCUUGGACUAAAUGUACCACAGCAUUUGGUCAGUGCUGUUGAAGUAUAGUUUUCUUACCAUAAAUAAAAUUGAAAUUUCCUAUAUUUAAGUAUUUCAGUGUUGUGAAUUAUUUUUGUGUUUAGAGAAACAAAUCUGAAUUGUGCUAUCGUCUGUUAGAGUUUAAAAGAUGUCAGGUAUUGCAGCUGGUAACACAACAGAAAACUAGCAUCUUGGGGAGAGUACUAGGUCUUUAGAUUAUUUUAUGGGGCUUCAUCACCCUCAGUGUAUUUUUGCAUAUUGUAUUGCAUCUCUUCCUGAGAAAGUUUUACUAGGUCAAUGUCAGGCAUGAUAUAUAAUACUUUUUACAUCCACCACUUCUGUUGGUUGGGGUUUGGGUUUUCAUGUAGCUUUUUCUGCCUGCUGAAACAGCAGAUGCAUAUUUAAUGAAGCAUCAUAAACCAUUUUUCCAUCUCGUUCUGAAAUAGGUUUGGUAAUAAAGCCCUAAGGUAUCAAUUAGCAGUGUAUUUGAGUCCCUUUCUAGGUUAAUUGAUAUCUACCGGUAUUACAGUCGGCAAACCAGAGAAUACAACUUCAGAUGAUAUUUAAUAUGCAUCAUUUCUACAAAGGCUAAACAUUCUGUGCUGGACUUAGUAAACUAAGGAGCUACAGGUGUUCUUAAUGAGUGAUAGAAGCAAUUAAGAACAUACUGAAUAUAGAAAUUGCCAUUUUCAUGUCUUGGAAUGCACUUGACUAAUGUUGUAAGUGCUGAAAUAGCUGUGCUGUAUUCACUUUUUGAAUUAAAACCGUCAAGAUCAACUCAUCAAACAGCUUUGUUACAGGGAACCAACUCUUUAAAAGCGAGCAACCUUUUUUUUUUUUUUUUUUUUUUUACACCCAUUUAUAACUGACAUGAGUAAUGUGACAUGUUGGGUUAGCAACUGAUUUAUGUCCAGUGCACACAAUAAUCUGUUAAGUUUGCCUGAGUUUUACAACUACCUCAGCCUAAUUUUUAGUUGUCCUAAGUAUACAUGAAAACCUUAUUUUGUCCUUAACUUCAUUAUCUCCUAGUCUGCAUUUCAAAUCCUCAUCAGUUCCCAUGAAAUAUUAUUUUAAGUGGGUUUUGAACUGAUGUUUCAGUUCUCCCUGUCCUUGUGUAGUCCAACCCUACUCCCCCACCCCACCCCCCAAUCAGCACCUUCAUUUUUCUUUUCUUCGGUUCAUGGGUAGCAUCAUACUUCAGCCUUCCAUUACCCUAACCUUUUAGCAACUAAUUUCUCACUGUACCAUCCCAAUUUCCUUUUGUGAAUAUUGCCACCAGAAGUGGACAUGGUUGACCACCUGCGGCUAAAGCAGGCCUUGUACAGUUGCCAUCUCCUGAGUCCAUGUCCUUUGUACUAUUUAAACGUAAUCACUGCCAUUUACUGAUUCACUACAUGACUCUUCUCUUUUACACAGAAGGCCAUUAUGUGAUCGCAAGUGAUGUGUGAUAAGACAUUUUAUAAUAAGACAUCUUAAGCUGAAUUUUCAAGGUUCUUGCAUCACAGAAAUCCCUUGUUUGCAAAUUUAUAUCUGUGCAGCAUAUGUUUUAUCACUUUAACUACUGCAGUAUUGUUGAGGUUGUACUAUAGAAUAAUUAGUUGUCAAUUACUGUAUACUAACUGCAUUUAACAUUCAGACUUUUAAUACAAUCAGUGAAGGUCAUUACAGGUUUUUCAUAUAAACAUUAGCAAAGGCUAGCAUAGCAAAGCAUACUGAAAUAUAAUCCAAAUUAUAGAAAGUUUUUUUUCUCUGCAACAGCAAGGAACAAUGACUGCAAUGAAUUUUAAUUUCAGAAUGGAAAAUUUCCAGCCAUUUUUGUUAUAUAGUUUAUAUUGCAUUUAACGUGUUAUUUAUUGUAUAUAUUUAAAACACAAUUUUUCAAACUAAGUACAGAAUGUUUGAUAUCAAUGGAGCCACAUUUAAGAUCUUUUGAUUUUUUUUUAUAAUUAAUUUUCUAAGCAGAUCAUACUUGUUGGUUUUGCAACCAUGCAUAUUAAAAUCGUUGCUCACUUUUUCCCUGGCUUACUUCAUCUUUACUGGCUAGUUAUCCAGUAGUCUACUGCUUUGCUUGUGAUUGGUUUUAAAAGCAGUAAAUUGUUUUCACAAAUAGAACAGUUUGAUGUAAGUAAAUGAAGAGUAGAUAAAUUACAGAUAAGUACAGGGAACUAGCAUUCCAUGUUUGUAAUAAAUGUGUGUGUGUGUGUGUCUUUCGGCUUUUCCCGGUUAGGGGUCGCCACAGCGGAACUCCGGUCCGCUAAUGAUUGGCAGUAGAGUUUUACAUGCUGGCUUGCCGGGCCUAAAGUUAGAUGUUAAUUAUGCAGCUUUGGUGGGAGAACACACCAGAAAGUGUACCGCAGGUAUAAUAGCUGCUGCAGUUGUAAAUCAGAUCGUUUUAUAAGUACAUUCCAAAAGUUUGUCUUGAUGACACUUGGUUGAUAUGAAGACAAAUUGGUUGCUUUCAUUAUUUCUGUUCUUGCAUUGCUAGUGAUAAUUAAGUAGUGGUGGAUAUAAUGUGUUACUGGUACUCAGUCUUGGGCCAUUCCUUCUGAUUUCUGGGAUUCUCUCUCCCCUUACCUGGUUAAUAUUUUCUGCAACACGACUCUGCUUGGUAGACCACUACUUCCAAAUCAAAUUCAUUAAUUUUGCCCAUUCCAGGAUGGUGCCUGCCAUCCAAGAUUCCAGGGGGGAGGCCAUUAUGUCCAGUACAUUGUAUGUACUUUUUUUUUGUAGGGGGUAUGUAAAUAUGGAUUAGAGCAGAUGUGGGUGCACCUUCAGUUUUCCACCUAGUGAAUAGCUGUAGUGGGUUAUGCUUUCAGCCUUCAUUAGAGUCUGCAUCACAGCGACUCUUUCCAAAGUCCUCACAUAAGUAAUUGAACCUGAAACUUAGUGUGGCAUGGACGGAUUCUUUGCCUGCAUGUUAUUGGGGCCACUGUUGCUGGCGUAAUGUCAUCAAGUAGUUGCAGUUCCCAGAUGUGUAUAUUGCCUUUUAGAGCCAUAGGUGAUUUGGAAUUUAUUGAAAAAAUAUGUACUAUGCAUUUUCAUUUAUUAAGCAGUUCUUAAAAAUGAACAUGUAAAAUUUUACAAGUAAGUGUACCAGAAUUCUGUUUACCUAAAUGCUUAUUUAGCAGUAAAUGUACUGUAUCGAUGUAUCUCGGAAAAUGAUUUAUUUUCUGUAUUGGAGAGUUGCUGUUAUUUCUUGCAAUGUAAUUCUGUAUGUGGUCCAUAAAUAAAAAUGCUAUGUCAACUGAA